GGAUUGUGUUCGGAGAUGCUGAAGGCAAUUCUUCAAAAAAUAUUAUUGUCAUGCAUCACAAACUGAACUUAGACCUUCUGGUAAAAAACAUGUGGGAACUGGAGUCAGCAGAAAAACCAGAACUUACAGCGGAUGAGAAACUUUGUGAAUCUAUUUAUGCAAAUACAACUACCAGAACAAAAGAAGGAAGAUAUGUAGUGAAACUCCCCACAAGAACAGAGGAAAUAAAGUCAACAGAAGGACAAACAAAGGACAUAGCACUGAGAAGAUUCAGACAACUAGAAAGAAAAUUUGAAAAGGACGAAGAAUUCAAAAAGGAAUACACCAAAGUCAUAGAAGAAUAUUCAACAUUGAAGCACAUGGAAGAAGUUCCAGACACUGAAAUAGAAGCCCCAUCAGUAUAUCUCCCACAUCAUGCUGUGAUUCGGAACGACAAGGACACAUCUAAAGUUAGAGCUGUGUUUGAUGCUUCAUCUAAGGGUAUAAACAAUAUUUCACUUAAUGAAGAGUUACUGGUGGGUCCACAGCUUCAAGAAGAUUUAAGGAACAUAAUCAUGAGAUGGCGUAUGAAGAAAAUCUGCUUCGUUGCAGACAUACAGAAAAUGUAUCGUCAAAUUAUGGUUACAAAACAAGAUGCAGAUCUGCAGCGUAUACUUUGGCGCAAAUGUGCAGCUGACCCUAUUAAAGAAUAUCGCCUGCUUCGUGUCACGUUUGGUACAGCAUCUGCACCAUACUUAGCUGUGAAAACGUUACAAAGGGUCGCAGAAGAAGAAGGAAAACAUCAUCCAGUAGCUGCAAAAACGAUUAAAGAAGAUUUCUACAUGGAUGACCUCAUGUCGGGCCAAGAUAACACAGAAGACGCCGUAGAUGUAGCGAAAAAUAUAGCAAUUAUUCUGAAAAACGGAGGAUUCGAUCUGCAGAAAUGGUCGUCUAAUAGCACCAGCUUUUUAAAGCAAUUCCCACCUGAUGAGAGAAACAGUAAUGUAAACAUGGACAUCAACCUAGACGGAACUGUACGUGCACUGGGUAUCAGUUGGAACAUGGGUGAACACAGUUUUCAGUACAAACUUGAACUACCCCAGCCGCCGAUAACUAUUACAAAGAGAAACAUACUAGCAGAAACACAAAAGUUGUUCGAUCCUUUGGGGUGGUUGGCACCAAGCAUAAUUCAAGCCAAGAUGCUUAUCCAGCAACUUUGGUUGCACCGAUCGAGUUGGGAUGAUGAAGUAGAACCUGAAAUAAAAGAAGAAUGGUUAAACAUAAGACACAAUUUUGAAAACUUAAAGGACGUCAAUAUAACCAAGAUGGCUACACACAACUAA